GAAUUUUAUAAUACAACAAAGCAAUUUCCGUUAUCUUCUCUCUCUAUAAUUCCUAUCCACCUAAAUUCUUUGUGAUAUAUUUCUCUGAUCAAUUUAGGGUUUUUCACAAAUUUGAUUUACCAAAGUGACUCAUCAAUAACAACAAUGGUUUCCGAUUCAAUUGUCAAACCUUCAAUCCCUAUGGUUUCCUCUAAUCCCAAAGAUUUCAACAAGAAAAAAAGGGCUAAUAGGUCGGCUAAGUUGAAGCAGUGCAAACUUGAUGCUCGAAGGGAACAGUGGCUCUCACAAGUGAAGAAUAAAGGCUCCAAGGAGGAACCGAAUGGUGGGGGAGGAGCUUGUGGGCAGGAGAUUCACGUUGCUGAUGAGAGGGGCCAAUUGAUGGAGAAGUUAGCUAUAAAGCCUCGAGGAGAAGAAGAAAAUGGAGGUUGCAUGAACCACUACAGUGAUUUUGAUUCAACUUCAAAUAGCCCCACCAGCCACACUAGUAGCGUGUUGGAAGGGAAUGAUUCUGGGACCAAUUUCACAGGUGGCAGCAGCAGUUGUAGCAGUGGUGGAUGUUGUUCAGGGAGUAUGAGCGGCGAGGAAGAUAACGAAGAGGACGAUAACUGCUUGGAUGAUUGGGAAGCUGUUGCUGAUGCUUUAGCUGCCACUGAUAAGAAGCAGGAGCAGCAUAACUCUAGCCUGGAUUCAUCUACAGAGAGUGACGGCAAAGUGGUGCAUAUGAGUUCUCAGCCAAAAGUUUCUGACCGGCAGGUAUCAGGGAUGGAUACAUCACAGCAGAAUCCCAAGACGUGGAGGUCUGAUGAUGCAUUCCGACCACAGAGUCUUCCGAAUUUGUCGAAACAGUAUACUUUCCCUAUGAAUUCGGGGCGCCAUUACCGGGGAGGCUCUGUAUGGGGAUGUAAAAGUUUAUCAAUACCCACAUCAUGUCCUAUAUGCUGUGAGGAUUUGGAUUUUACAGAUUCAAGCUUUCUCCCUUGUCCUUGUGGGUUUAGGCUUUGUCUCUUUUGUCACAAGAGGAUUCUUGAGGAGGAUGGGCGGUGUCCAGGUUGCAGGAAGCAGUAUAAACAUGAUCCAGUUGAGGGAGAGGCAAACAAAGGUGCAGGCUGCCUGAUGUCUCGACCGGCUCGUUCUUAUAGCAUGAUCUCAAGGUCGUAGGAAGAUUCUGUUUUCUGUGAAUGUGUAUGUUGCGUGCUCUUUCUCUAUGUGGCUUGACUUUGUCAGACUCCAAAUUUUCUUAACAUUAGAUGUUGAUAUAGGAUUCGAGAGUUUGAAAGCACAGGGGAACUGUUAUGGUUCUCUUAUAAUUUUGCUCAUUAUAGAUAUGGUGCUUGUGCUGAUGUAGAAGACUCUUUAUGUGAAUAGAUAAGGUGGGUGAUCGAUAGAUUGAAUUUGAUGAUAUAGAGGUCCUUGUCUCUUUGAGCCCUUUGUCACCUUUUAUCAGAUUACCAUGAAUAAAAAUGAGAGAACAGUUGGACAUCAA